UAUGUUUCAACUGUGUUAUAUAUUCAACUUUUUAGAUUGCGGAGACUGCCAGGAAGCUGGGGAUAAUGGUCAUCAGUGAUGAGGUUCAAUUCGUUUUUGGAAGCAAACCGUUCAUUCCGAUGGGUGUUUUUGGGGAGACAGUUCCUGUGGUGACAUUGGGAGGCAUAUCUAAGAGGUGGAUGGUGCCCGGUUACCGAUUCGGAUGGAUUGCAGUGACUGACCCAAAAGGAGUCCUCAGGAAGAACAAUGUUUUUGAGUCGAUCGUAACCUACCGUGGCAUCACAGCAGACCCUGCAGCACCUAUUCAGGGAGCCAUACCCCAAAUUAUUGCGAUCACAGACAAAUCUUUCUUUGCGAAGGCAAUUGGCUUGAUGAGGGGGGCAGCGGAGCUAUGCUACCGGAAACUGCAGGACAUUGAUUGCAUCACUUGUUCCCACAAACCAGAGGGGGCUAUGUCAGUCAUGGUCAGCACGAAAUCAAUUAGUCGCUCCCCUUUUCUGGCGUUUAACUAUCUACAUUUGUCCAAACGUUGGUAGGUAUUACCACAUGC